CGAUGACGUCACCGCAGUAUAGCCAAUGAGCGCCUGCCACACUCCGGCUUCAGGUCCAGCCGUGGGUACUUCCGGCAGGUUUUCUCCCUCUCCUCUCCCCGGCUUCCCCGGUAGUCCAGGUCAGGCAGUGCUGCUGAGAGCUCCUCACUGACACCGACAUGACGCGCAGCCCGCUCCGCCACCUCCUCUGCGCCCUGGUCCUUCUGUGCGCCAGCACCGCCUGGGCCUCCGACGUCCUGGAAUUCACGGACGACGACUUUGAGAGCAGCGUCUCCCAGUACCAGAUCAUCCUGGUGGAGUUCUUUGCCCCAUGGUGUGGACACUGUAAGAAGCUUGCACCAGAAUUUGAGACAGCUGCUACCAAGCUGAAAGGGUCUGUUGCUCUGGCUAAGGUUGACUGUACUGCAAACUCUAACAUCUGUAACAAAUAUGGAGUAAGUGGCUACCCCACUCUUAAAAUCUUCAGAAAUGGAGAAGAGUCUGGAGCUUAUGAUGGCCCCAGGAGUGCAGAGGGUAUUGUGAGCACGAUGAAGAAACAGGCAGGCCCAGCAUCUGUCGAUCUGCGAUCUGUUGAGGAGUUUGAGAAGUUCAUCAGUGAAGCUGAUGCCUCUGUUAUUGGCUUCUUCCGUGAUCUGUAUGGCACAACACACUCUGAGUUUUUGAAGGCUGCCAACUCACUUAGGGAGAAGUACAGAUUUGCACACACAGAUGAAAAUGAACUUGUGGAUAAAUAUGAUUCCAAUGGAGAGGGUAUAGUGCUGUUCCGUCCAAAACGUCUUGCAAACAAGUUUGAAGACAGCUCUGUCACAUUCCCUGCUGAUGAGAAGAUCACCACCCACAAAAUAAAGAAGUUCAUCCAAGAUAACAUCUUUGGUAUCUGUCCUCACAUGACUGAAGACAACAGGGAGUUAAUCCAAGGAAAGGAUCUGCUUGUGGCCUACUAUGAUGUGGACUAUGAGAAGAAUCCCAAGGGCUCAAACUACUGGAGGAACAGAGUAAUGAUGGUGGCAAAGAAAUUCCUCGAUGCUGGUCACAAACUUAACUUUGCUGUUGCCAACCGUAAGGCCUUUGCACAUGAAGUGUCUGAGUUGGGUCUGGAUGUCAGUGCUGGAGAUGUUCCUGUUGUAGGAAUUAAAACUGCUAAAGGAGAGAAAUAUGUCAUGCAGGAGGAGUUCAGCCGUGAUGGAAAGGCACUGGAGCGAUUCUUGCAAGAUUACUUUGAUGGCAAUCUGAAGAAAUACCUAAAGUCUGAGCCUAUUCCUCAGAACAACGACGGUCCAGUCAAGGUUGUUGUUGCUGAAAACUUUGAUGAACUUGUGAAUGAUGACAGCAAGGAUGUCCUUAUUGAGUUCUAUGCUCCUUGGUGUGGACACUGUAAGAACCUGGAACCCAAAUACAAGGAACUUGGAGAGAAGCUGGCCAAUGAUCCAAACAUUGUUAUUGCCAAGAUGGAUGCCACUGCUAAUGAUGUGCCUUCUCAAUAUGAAGUCAGAGGGUUCCCCACCAUUUAUUUUUCACCAGCUGGAAGUAAACAAAGUCCAAAGAGAUAUGAGGGUGGUAGAGAGGUUAACGAUUUCCUCAGCUACUUGAAGAAGGAGGCUACAAACCCUCCAAUUGUUAAAGAUGACGAAAAGCCCAAAAAGAAGAAGAAAGAAGAAUUGUAAAUGAUCUUGUGGAAUCAGCACUUCUGCAGGUUGGGGUUUUCAUCCUGACAUUACUGAGAUUUAAUGGGAAAACAACAUUGUGGACACUGAAGCAACACCUUCCUGAAGGAAUUACCAUUGAAUAGAGAUUAUUUCUUAGAUGCACUGCUGGAAAGAUCCAAGGACCUAUGAAUAUCUGUGGCUUGUCUGCGGGGGCACCACUUUUCCAUCUAGGUUGGGAGGGAAAGGGUUGGGUGGUGGGGUGAGGUUCUCUGAAAUUUUAUGGUAUUUGUUUUUGUUACCUUUUUUUUAUUUCUUUUGUACAUUUGAAACUGAUUCGACAAUAAACACCCCCCACCUUAA